UGUACAGCUCACUAGUUACAUUAGAAGAAGAGAGGAGCGGUUCGUCCUUCCUGUCAGACUCCAUGGUCGUAAACAUGUUUCUGAUGAAGCUGUGCGCGCCACGCAGCAUUUUAUCACGGUGCGUGUUCGCUGCCCCCCUCCACACGCAGCCCCCCCGGCUCAACUCCAACAGGACGUCGGUGGUGCGCUGCAGCCGCCAGAAGUACGAGCGACUGUUCCCGGUGGUGCUGGUCCGACCCGACGGGUCUACAGUCAACAUCCGGUACCGAGAGCCCAGACGCAUCCUCAUGAUGCCAGCCGAUCUGUCCACACUGUCUGAGGAGGAGCGCCGAGCCAGACAGAAAAAGAGAGAAGUGAAAAAGACGAAAAAGCAGACAGCUGUCCAGUACGAAGAUGACUUCAAAGUGGACAAAUACAGCCAAUUCUGGAAGAAGAAAUGACUUCUGGAUGUAUGUUAAAUAAAUGGGUCAAACAUCCGACUCUUACUUCCGUUUGUCCAGCCGCAGACGUUUUAGUCGGCUGGUGGUGAUGCUAAAAAAGGGAUUCCUCCAAAAGGUGAAAUGGUGGAACAUUUGGGCAGGAUUAGUGACUUCACUCACCGUGUGUAGCACGCUGCUGAGUGCUUGGACUUUGUUACUUUCCUUGAAGUGUAAGGAUGAAAUAACACUGACUGAAGUUAAUAAAGUUGUCUCAAUCUGUAGUCAAUGUUGAAAA